GGGGUUAGUAGAGUCUCAACCCAGGCAUCACAGAGCCAGUGUCGUGGGGUGGAGUUUGGAGCUAACAGACAGUAACUCAAUAUCUGGCAUACAAGCUAUUCUGGGUGUGGCAUGGGCAAGCAACUGGUGAUGGCCAUUUAAGCAGAAUCAUGGCUGAGGAGGGCUCAGGGCAGCUGACACUGGGUUCUGUGUCCUCAGGAGCACUCCUUAUGGACCUGGAGACCCCAGAGGAGAUGCAGGCUCGGAGCCUGGGCAGGCCCAUCAAAUCCUCAAAGCAGUACCUGCGGCAGGUCAUUGCAGACUACAAGGCACUGGACCGAGAACUCCCGUGCAUCCGGAAGUUCCCCACACCACCAGCUGUCCAGCCCCUCUGCCUCUGCAUGGAGACCUUGCCCGAGGAGGAUUUUACCCACCUGGAGGUGCUGCAAGCGCUGGAGGCCCAGUUACCGGGGGCCAUGGAGAGCGGGCGCGUGAGCAGCAUCCGCUUUGAGAACAUGAACGUCAUCUGUGGGACUGCUGGCCGCCGGAACCGGUGGCUCAUUGCGGCCACGGACUUCCAGACGCGCUCACGCUUGCUGCGCUCCGGGCUCAGUCCCCGCGGGCUUGCGCACCAGCUAGUGCGCCACGACGACCUCCUGCUGGGCGACUACCGCCUGCACCUGCGCCGCUCCCUGGUCCGGCGGCGCAUGCUCGAGGCCCUGGGGGCGGAGCCUAACGACGAGGCCUGACGCCCGGGCCGGCCCCGACAGCGCUUGCGCACCGCCCCGCGGGCUGGGACCACCCACCCGGAGCCCCGGAGGAUAGGGGGCGUUGCCUUCCCAGGAAGGAGGCGGGGCCGGCUCGAGGGGGUGGAUACUGUGAGUUUAAUUAUAAAGAAUGACCUGGUACAAAAGCCAUUUCCCUCUGCAAAAUCUUGGGGGGGAGUCAGGGGAAGGGAGGUGAUGGGGGGUAGGAAUGAACCCCCAUGUUAUAAUCCCGCCUCCCUAAUCUUCCUCCAGUCCCUGUACGUGGACGCCUGGGUCCCAAUCCCUUGAGGGAUGAACUAAGGCCCGUGAAAGGGAAGACCUGGGCACCGGGGCUUUCAACGCGUGCCGAGCCCUGUCUCAGCGAGAAUCAGACGUCCUCAUCCGCCCCCCUUCUCUUCCCCUCCCACCCCCCUUGGAAGACAAUUCUCGGGCUUUUAUUUCAGGUUUUUUUCUGGAUUUUUUUGUGUGUUCUUGGGGUUUUGUGUUUUUUUUUCUGUUUUUUAUAUUUUCUUCUUUUGUUAUUGUUCCUCUUUUUGCUUUUUCUCUCCUCUCCACCCCGCGCUGUCCCCGCAUUCGGUCCCUCCCCACUCCCCACCCCGACCUCUCCUCCCCCCCCACCCCCUACACCCUCCCCAACCCCGCGGCACCCAUCCAGAAUGAACAAGCCCUUGAUAGACGGGCGCCGCGCAGGCCCCCUGCGGACUGGGGGCAUCCGACAAGGGGGAGGGGGCGGGUAGGGGUCCAGCGCGGCCUCUGACCCUCUCCUCACCACCCCUCCCCCCUCCCACGACCCUCCCACGAGGUUCCCCGCAGAUCCCUGACAUGGUGAGGGGAGGGGGCUUGCAGCCCCCUCCCCUCAUGGACGGAGCGCCCCCCCCUCGGGGGUAGGGGCAGCAGAGGGGGAAUGGGCUUGGGGAAGGAGGGGGAGCUCCCUUCUUUGGCAGCUGAACAUGGGGAGGGGACCUGAGGGCAAUGCCCUCCCCCCUUUACCCACAGCAGGGGAGGGGGCUUUUCAGGGAGAGGGGUGGCUUAACAUUCCCAAGCCCCGGGAAUAAGGGGAGAGAGGACGCGUGCGGGAAGGAACAGCCAUGCUGGAG